CACAUGAGUGCCCCCACCACCCUUCCCUUCCCUCUCAUGUUCCCUUACCCCAUCCUUGGUUUAAAAAGGAGACCAAGGAGACCAAGCAACGCUAUUAUCCCACCCUCCAUUAAUGCCAUACCAAAAGCCACACGGCUCCAGAUCAAGAAUUUAAAACCUACCUCUCCUUCUUCUAUCCCCGUUCCCAAACACCAGUAGCUAGGGAAAGAAACCAAAUGGGAAGAAAGCUAGGCUUCACCUCUCUCUUCUUCAAACCAAGGGACAAAUCAAGGACCUCUCCUUAUGUCUCUUCUUUUCCCUCUCCUUCUUAUUCAUGGCCUUGGCCUUCUUGUAAGCAUCCGAAGACUAUCUCCUUCCGAGCGGCGGAUGGCGACAACAUCUACAAGACUGUGAACUCGGUCUACUUGGACUCGGCCGAAUCAUGCUUCACCCACUCAUCGGAGGAGUCGGCAAGCUUCUCGACGGCGUCGGAGGAGUCGGGGGGUGUCGGCUCAUUGGAGUCGGUCAUACGGGGGCUCCGGUCGGACAGGCUCUUCUUCAAGCCCGGCGACACGAGCUCGAUACUGGAGGAGGCCAAGGACGGUGCGUUCCCGUUCAAGGAGAGCAUCGCGCUUGCCAUGGAGUCGGAGGACCCGUACAAAGACUUCCGAGUGUCCAUGGAGGAGAUGGUGGUGGCUCAUGGGCUCAAGGACUGGGAGUGCCUUGAGGAGCUCUUGCUAUGGUAUCUAAGGGUCAAUGGUAAGAAGACUCAUGGGUAUAUAGUAGGGGCCUUUGUCGAUUUGCUUGUAGGCCUUGCCUCCCCUCCUUCCUCUUCUUCAUCAUCUUCCAUGUCUUCUCAAAUUAAGGAGGUGGAAGAGGAGGGAAGUGAGUCCUGCUGAGUUCUUCUGAUCCAAUGAACGACAUGGAUCCUUUUCAUUUUUUUUUUUUUUUUGCUAGUUAUAAUAUUUCAUCUCAAUGUACACUUGUAGGCUUAUAUAUAUGCUAGUAAACCUAUAUAUGGUUAAGAGUUCUCGAUC